AGUCGCUGACAUUCGGAGAGAGCGACGUGGGGAAGAGCGAGGAGGAGACGAAGAAGGACGAACAAGACGGGACAAGGGAGAAUUAAAGUUACAACUAAAUCUGCGAACGACGAUGCGUAGCAUAUUUUUUCUUACAUUUAUAUGAGAAUUGUUUUUAUACGCAGUAACUCUUGGCAGAUAUGUGUACAGUCUCCGUCCAGAAGAGUAGCCAUCUAGUCUGCAAACAGGCUGCCGAAUUAAACCGUUUCCAAUAGUUUCAGCCACCACAAAACGAGGGGGACCAAGAUCCUGGAAAUAUUUUUAGGGAAAAAAGUAGUGGCGACUUUAUUUGGACUGAAAGGCAACGGUGAUAAUCUUUUGGCGAAUGACUCAAGUAAUUUUGGCAUAUUUAUUUUUAUAACUGAGAUACAACUGACUAUAGAUAAAUUUUCACACGAUAUCAUUUUUGCAUAAAAAGUAAUUUCUCAAAUGUGCCAAAUGCCGUACUAGUUUGCUAAACGGUGAAAAUAGGAAAUUGAUCUGUUACAUUGUGAAAGGCCGUUGUUGUAACAAGACCAAAAAAUCAAGCACAGAAUAAUCAAAGUGUGUCCAAAUUCAUUUUCUGAGCUCUUUGAGGAUAUUGGCGGACUAUGGCGGCAGUAACAAGCCCGGAAACAAACCCCCAACCACGGGUGUAUUUCCAAACGCCUCCUGGUACCGACGAGUCCGAAGUUCCAGUUCGGAAGCAGGGACGUGUGACCGUCAAGUAUGAUCGGAAAGAGCUCAGAAAGAGGUUGAACCUGGAGGAGUGGAUUAUCGAUCAACUAACGGAUUUAUACGACUGUGAGGAGGAGGCCAUUCCUGAGCUGGAGAUCGAUGUGGACGAGCUGUUGGACAUGCCUACUGAUCGGGAUCGGGCUAACAGAGUCAAGGACCUGCUGGUAGACUGCUACAAACCCACCGAUGACUUUGUGGCAGAGCUGCUGGAGAAGGUCAGAGGAAUGCAGAAACUCAACACGCCCCCAAAGAAGGGAGAACUCACCCCUUAACCCCUGACCUACGAACCCUGACCUCCCCUGGCCAGGGUGGGAAAUGUGGGGACGUCCUCCUCUCCCACAAUCCCCCAGUGUCAGGGGAAGGGGGGAGGGGAGGGCAGAGUUUUGGCAAUCAGAUCAGUUCCACUACAGGGUCACUGUUCCUCAUCUCUUUCUUCCAUUUCGGGCUUUAUGGGGUUCAGCUGGGCUCUUACACGGUUUUUAUUCUAUUUUAUUUAAAUUUAGCUGCAUACUCUACGUAUGCACAUGCAGUAUAGUAAAGUAGCAUGGUUUUAGGGCAUUGUGUUAGGUGUAAUGUGUGGAUGCAAUUCAGCACUGUGCAGCCCCAUAGAUCAGACAGGGCAAAGACAUUCAGUACAACCAGAUGGACAAGAAUGAAGUGGCCUUUUAAUAAUUCAUAUCUUUCCUACAUUUACCCCUUUAAUUAUGGUUUAUGGUGGUGGUAGAGCAAAGGGUGAAGAGCUUUUGAAAGCAGGUAGGACAGGUUCAGUUAUUCAUUAGUAACAAGAGGGGUCAGGGGUCACCUGCUGUUCACAGCAUAGGCCUCAUACUGUCAGACAUACACUAAUGCUGUUCCCUAACACUCAACACCAAAGCUACAGAGACCCUAGAAGUAAAACAUUUUUUAAAAUGCACAACAAUGAACA